AUGGACUUGGGAGUGUUGGUUGACAAGAAGCUCAACAUGACUCGGCCAUGUGCGUUUGCAGCCCAGAAAGCCAACCUUAACUUCUACAUUUAUGACACACAUUAUUUUUGCCUUUUCAAUGACUCUCAGUAGAUGGUUUCUUUACCUUUCUUUCAGAAAAGACGACGGCGAAUUGACCGAAGCAUGAUUGGGGAGCCGACAAACUUUGUUCAUACAGCUCAUGUAGGAUCAGGAGACCUAUUCAGUGGAAUGAAUUCGGUCAGCUCAAUUCAGAACCAAAUGCAGUCCAAGGGAGGCUAUGGAGGUGGCAUGUCUGCAAAUGUUCAGAUGCAGCUUGUAGAUACAAAGGCAGGAUAACCUUGGGGAAACCUUUCCAGUUUAUGUGAGUUCCUGUAUCUUCUUUCCUGUGUUCCCUCUUUUGCCUUGGUGACUGCUUUCUGUGCUCAUGACAAGAGAAGUGAUGGCUCAUUGUUCACCCUUUGUGAUUACUCCAGUGAAAAGUUGCUGUUCUGCUCUGAUGAUGCCAUUUAUCAGAUUGGUCCGACUGUGCCUUUCAGUGGCAUGCACACAUUGGCCUCUACCAGUAUCAUAGACAGAGCUGUUUAGGAUUGUUUUUAGCUUUUUAUUUGUUUUAAGGCAAAUUAAAGCACCAACCUUAGCUUCCCUCAUCCCUCACAAAUACUAAUGCGCAACAUUCUGUUGCUUUUUAGUCUUUAAAUCUUUUCUCCACUCAAGUAAUUUAGAAAUGAGUGAGUUUCCAUUAAUGUCCUCAAUCAUCUAUUGUUCAUACCUAUUUUUGAAAGGUCUGGGACCUGCAAGCACAAAUGAUUAUUUCAUACAAAAUCAGCAGAGUAGAUGACCGCAUGUGUUGUGAGGUUGCUUUCUAUGGUGGCCUGCUUGGUGCUAGAAGAAAAAAAAAAAUUGCUUACUGCAGCCUGGUGAAAGUUUUGCUGUGGCACCAAGUCAUGCCUGUUUUUGAAAAAGGACUUGUAACUUAGCUGCUUCAGAAUUAUGUCUUUAUUUUAGUUUUUAUCCAACUGGUCUUGAGAUAAUAAAGAGAGAGCUUGCAUUCAUGAGGCAUUUGUUGUAAAUGUUAAGUAUAUUUAUUUUGAAAGAGCUGACCUUGAGACUGUAAACCAGUGUAGUACCGUAUCUAAGUGUUGUGGAAGCGCUUUAAUCUAUUUAAAAAAGAAAAGCAUCAUGUUUGGCUGCUUCUUUUUCUUUCUACAGUUUUUCUUCAUUUUGGGCUAUAUGGUCAUUUCCAGUAGCAGCAUGUCAGACUGCCUGCAAUAUUAGCUGAAAAGUUUAGUAGACCUCUCUAAGUAGUUGGCAGUUUCUGUGUACUAAAUAUUUAGGGGCCAUGGAAGUUGCUAAGAGCAACAUACUAAUCUGGCAGAACAGAUGCCAAUGAAAACAACAUACAGGGUGACUUUUUACUAAGUCAGUAAAACGCCUUUUGCUCAGGUUCCAAAGCAUGUUUCUUUCACACGUUGUGAAAUUGUAUUUUAAUAUUGCACUGUUUUCAGAUUAUCUCUGUAAAUGGUCCCUUUUUUUCCUCCUUGGUGGUGGUUUGAGAGAAGUCAAUGAUUUGAGUCCUGGUUGAGUUAGAUUUUUAUGUGAAAAAAACCCAUCCAAACAAAUAAGGCAUAACUGAGCCUAGUCAGAUCCAUUUUUAUACGUAAACAUGCAUGUGUUCAUAAAUAUAGAUUGCUGUCAUAAAUGAUUCCUUAUUCUUUUUCCAUCCUUUCCUUGAUUUCACAUUGCAAUAGCUGUCAAGUUGAUUUAAACAUGUAUGAACCUACCUACUCUUCUCUGUCAGUUCGCAAACAACACACAAAACACAGAGCCAUGGAGGUAGUUUGCCUUCCCUAAGUUGUAUUACAGUGGUAGGUGUCAAUUAUCUGGUUGAAUAGUUCGAAUUAGGUUGGAUAGUCUUCACUGAUAAAGGUACUGAUUUGUGACGACAGAAGAUCAAAAUGUUCACUUGUCUGGAUGCAUAAACACAUGGCAGUGCAGUGAUAUAUUUUUUUUUUUUAGGGGUCAACAAUUCUAAUGCCACUUUAUCAAUGAAUCUUAAAUAUACUAUGAUUACAAAAUUAUUUGAACUUUGUCAUUGGUAAUAGUGGCUUAAAUUUGCUUGCCAAACCUAUCUUGCACUUGUCAAAAUGUUUUCAGCUCAAUAGCCAGGAAAAAAAAAUUGACAUAUUUUUAUAACAGACAUACUUUUUUUGUACAUUGUGUUCAUUCUUGAAUAAAGUCAGUUCAGUGUUGGCUUGUAGAUAUUAAAAGGAAAGUAUUGACUUUGAUUCAAUAAAUGUUUUCUUUCAGUUGG